GGCACUGCAUCACACAGCUCAGCCUGCACUCCACUCUCUCCUCUCAUCAUGAACCUGCUAGUAGUCUGUCUGUGCUAUGCAGUUUUGGAGCUCUUGGCAGUCAAUUGUCAGGAGGUCAUACAGGACCGUAUAGUCGGAGGUUACGCUCCAGCACCCAAUUCCAUCAAAUACAUUGUGUCCUUACAGACCACCAAGGGACAGCACUUCUGUGGCGGAUCGCUAGUGCACAAGUACUGGGUGCUUACGGCCGCUCACUGUAACAUAGGGUCAGAUCAGAUGAUGAUUGUAGCAGGGGACUACUCUCUGAGUAUGUUCGAGGGAACGGAGCAGUAUUCCAAACCGCACAGAAUUAUCCCUCAUCCGCUGUACAACAAGACCACCAACAAUGCUGACAUCAUGCUCAUCAAGCUGAGGGUUCCCAUGGUGAUGGGUAGCUAUGUGUCCCUGGCACCCCUCCCUCGGCAGGGUACAGGGGUUAUGGCGGGGCGGGUGUGUCGUGUGUCGGGGUGGGGGUACACCUCUCUGGGAGGGGGUCAGAUCCCCUCCACCCUGCGGACUGUCAAGCUGCCCAUCGUGUCAUCGGCCAGGUGCAACAGCAGCGAGUCUUUCAAUGGGAACAUCACCUCCAACAUGAUCUGUGCCGGAUACAAUGCUGGGGGCAAGGACGCAUGCAAGGGAGAUUCCGGCGGGCCGCUGGUGUGCGAGGGGCGUGUCUACGGUGUGGUAUCAUGGGGAAACGGCUGCGGAGAUGCCAAGUUUCCGGGCGUUUACACAGCGGUGUCCAAGUUCCGGCGGUGGGUCGACAGAACCAUCUACAGCUCCUAUACACGCUGUCUGAAGUAUUAAAGAGAAGUAGAG